UCUAUCGGCAACCUGCGUACCAAUCGCGUCGCAGUGCUUACGUAAAAAUUUAUUAUUAUUAUUUUAUUUGAUCAGUGUUAAUUUUUACUAUUAUUUAUUAAUUUUUAUAAUAUAUAUAUACAAAAGCUCAUUGAUAAUAUAUACUUAAAUGAAAAAUAAAAUUAACUAAAAAAAAUAUAUAUGACUUUAUUGAUAAAAAAAUUUUUUAAAAUUAUUUAUCAAGCUAUUGUCAUGAACAUAUGAUAAUUAAUAAAUGUUUUUUUUUUUUUUUUCAAAUUGUGAUUUGUGUUUUAAAUUGUGAGUGAUUAUUUUUUCAUUAAAAUAUAAUUAUCACGUGAAUUUAAUUGAAUUAUUGUGAUUGGUUUAAAUAACUUGAAAAAAAAAAAUUUUUUUAUUACACAAUAUUUUAACGUCUAUACAGCUGUUUCAAUAAAGCUCCUCCUCGUUGUUUUUUUUUUUUUUUUUCUUUUUUUCUUCAUCAUCAAAAAAUUGAUAUUAUUGUGGUAUAAAAAAAUUACAGCUGCUUGAUUAUUGAGUUGAAAUAAAACGAAAAAAAAUUCAACAAUUUUGAGUAAAAAUUAAAUAGUUACUUUAACUUUGUUUGUUGAUUAUUUUAUAUAUAGUAUCCGUCCUUAUUUCUUGCCACGACAAUUUUAUAUAUACACAUGUAAUAUAUGAAAAAAAAAAAAAAUUGAUUAUAUACAUGUGUGGUAUAUAUACAUCUAUCGAUUGCAUUGAAAAUAGAAGCGUGCUGUUGGGAAGAAAAACACCUGCUUGACUUGGCAGUUGCCUUCACAAGUACACACUAUAAAGAACAAAACGACAGGUGCUCUUGUGCUAUAAAAUAAUAACUGUAUAAAGUUACUACUGCUGUUGAUACAAUUUUUUUAUAUACAUCUUGGUGCAAAUACUAAAAUUUUAUUUUUCAUUUAUUUAUAUAUAUUUACACCUGUAAAAAGAACAAUUUUUUUUUAAUGAAAAAUUAAACAGUGAAUAAUCAAGUGAAUACAAAAAUAGUGGCAACGAGGAGGAGCAAAAAAAAUAAAAAUAAAUAAACAAUUAGCAAUAAUAAUAUAAAAAAAUAAAAAAGUUUUAAUUUUUUUUUUUUUUAUUUUAAUUUAUUUAUUGUUUGUUUUUAUUUAUUUAUUUUUUGAAUAUUAAUAUUAAAAUUUUGUGAAUUAUUAUUUGUAUAAAAUUUUAAAAAUUUCGUGGAUACGUUUAUUUGGUGGGAAUACAGUCCUGGAGGCGCCUGUCGUCUUCGCCGGUUCAAUCAUAACGCCGCCCGCCCUAAAACGCCCGAGACGGGAAACGGUGGACUCAUCCCCGCCACCCGCUCGUAUUGCAUCAACAACCGGUAAUCCCGGCUCAUCAAACGAUAUUCCAUCCUGCAUUAUGGACGCACCAUUAUCACAGAGUAUGGACUCGGUCAAUACCGUCACAAAUGGCGAGGAUGAGGUGCGAACCUUGUUCGUGAGCGGUUUGCCGAUGGACGCAAAACCAAGAGAACUUUAUCUUCUCUUUAGAGCAUACGAGGGUUAUGAAAAUUCACUGCUAAAAGUAACGAGUAAAAAUGGAAAAACUGCAUCGCCGGUAGGUUUUGUAACAUUUCACACAAGAGCAGGAGCUGAAGCAGCAAAACAAGAUUUACAGCAGGGGGUUAAAUUUGAUCCUGAUAUGCCACAAACCAUACGUUUGGAAUUUGCAAAAAGUAACACAAAGGUUAGCAAACCCAAGCAACCAGCCGCUGCAGCAGCCACCUCGCACCCCGCUCUGAUGCACCCUCUAACCGGACACUUAGGAAGUCCAUUUUUCCCUGGUGGACCUGAAUUAUGGCAUCAUCCUCUUGCUUAUUCAACAGGCGGUGAAUUACCUGGUACACUUCAACAUGCAACACUUGUUCAUCCUGCCUUACAUCCACAGGUUCCUGCACCAAUGUCUUUGCAACAUCCAUCAGGUUUAACAUCGAUACAUGCAUCUCUGCCUCACUUUUUACCAUCACCACAAUUGGCAUCACCAGUUGGAUCAUCAUCAUCCCAACAAGGUAUGGUCGGCAAUGGACCAUGCUCUACUCUAUUUGUUGCUAAUCUUGGACAAUUUGUAUCGGAACAUGAGCUCAAUGAAAUAUUCAACAGUUUUUCCGGUUUCUGUCGGCUUCGUAUGCACACAAAAGGAGGUUCACCCGUGGCUUUUGUUGAAUUUCAAGACGUUCGAUAUGCGGCCCAUGCAAUGGCUGCCCUACAAGGAACCUUACUCCUGUCCUCUGAACGUGGACCAAUUCGAAUUGAAUAUGCUAAAUCGAAAAUGGCCGAGGUGAACUUUGCAAAUAUAUGGAUUGAAGGAUCAAAGGGAGAAAAAAAUGGGCAAUCUUAAAAUCGAUAUAAAUGGUAUGUGAAGGCAGUAUGACACCAAGGGAAUGAUGAUGAUCUCUCAAAUGACCAACAACAAACGAAAUACAAGAGAGUAUGAAAACACAAGAAGUAGGUGGAAAAUACAAAAAAUGGACCUUACACAAAGUGAAUAUUUUCAAUCUUUUUCAUCGUCAAAGUAACAAGAACCUUCAGGACAAAUGGAAUUAAAAAAAUAUAUAAAAUACAAAGAAUAAAAAUAAAAACAUAUCAAGAGUCGUCAAUAAAGCCUUUGGUGUAAAUUUCCAAAUAAAAAUUUAAAAUUAGAAAAGAAAAAUAGUCAAUGACUAAUAUACAAAAAAACAUUUCUUUUCUAAAUAUAAAUAUUAGAAGAAAAAAAAAAUAAUUUAUUUACAAAAAACGUUUAGGCAAAAUUGUUGAAAUUUAUAUUAAAUUUUUUUUUUUUUAUUAAUAUACUUUUUUUUUCAUUUUUAAAUGAUAAAAUAUAACGUCAAUUGACGUGGGUUCAAUUAUUUUCUAUUGUAAUUAUUUAUAUACACAAAUGUCAAUGAAAAAAAUAAUAAUAAAUAAUAUCUAUGUUAAUUUAUUUAACUGUAAAAAAAAACAACAAAGAAUGAAAGUAAUAUCAAUGGCACUGUUAAAAUCAUGGGCACUUAACACACAAUUAUACACAAAGCCAAUUAAUAUAUAAAAAAAUAUAUUUUAAAAAAAAACUUUAGGCAAAAUUAAAUUUCUAUAAUUUCAUAUAGAUAAAUAAUGAAAAAAAAAAUUAUUAAAAAAAUUUUUUUAAAUACUUUUAAAUUUGAAAUUUGAAAUAAAAAAAUUAAAGAAUUAUAAAAAAAUAUAAGUAAAUAAAAUAAAUUAUAAAUAAACAAAAAAAAUAAUUGAAAAAAUAUUUGAUGAUUAAAUUAAUCAUAAUGCAAAUGAUAAUAUUUAAAAAAAAUUAUUAUUAUUAUUUGUAAUUUGAAUGGCAUUGUGUAAAUGGUGUCGAAUAAUUAAAAAUGAAAUACGAGAAGUUAAAAAAUAUAAAAUAUGAAUGCAUGUGCGUGUUAUAUGAUUUUAUAAAAUUGACAAGUAUAUAGAUUGAAUAUAUUGAUUAAUCAUUUCAACACUCAAAGCGUUAGAUAAAGAAUAUUCUCAUAUUUUUAAUUAUCAUUUUUUAUUUCGAUAAAAUAAAAAAUAGUAAAUAUCACAGAAUUUUUUUCUGUAUUAUUCAUGAAAAUUUUAUGAUUUUAUCAUUGCAUAAAUAUCUAAAUGAUAAAAAAAAAUUAGCAGAGCAAAUAGACGAAAGUGAUGAUGAUAAAAAAAAAAAAGUGAAUAAAUAAAUAAAAGUAGUAAAAUUUCGUACACAAACAUCAAGCUUAAUACCAAAGGUGCCCUAUAAUAAACGUGUAUUUAUGUUUUAAAUCAUCAAUCAAUUGCGAUUUAAAUAAUAUAAUAAUAUUAACUUUAAUAAAUUAAAUUUAAAAAUAAACGUGAUUAAAUACGUCAUUGUUAAAUAAAGAAAGUAAAAAAAAAAAAGAAAAAGAUAAAAGACAAUUAAUAAUUCAAAAUGAAUAAAUAAAAAUAAUUUCUCUAAAUAAUCUGAUCACGUAAAUGAUAGUGAAAAAUAAAAAAAUAUUUAAAGAGUAAUUAAAUUUACAGAUAAAUAAAUAAUAAUUAAAUAAAAAAUUACUAAAAUGUAAUUUAAUGAAAGUAAAAAAAAUAAAUAAACAAUUUUAAUAAUAAAUAAAUUAAUAAAAAUUGGUAGGCAAAUGUGGAUCAGAAGAUAAUAAAAUUAAUGAUGAAAAAAAAGAAAAUUUUUUUAAAUAAAAAAAAAAAUUUUUAAUAAUAAAACGAAUCCAAGCAUAUCAUAGAAUUAAGAUGACUGCGUGGCAUAUCAAGAGGGUGAUGGAAAAAUAUUAUAAAUUUAGAUGAAAAAAAAAAUAAAAAUAUAAAAAUUAUUGACAUUUAUUUAUAAAGUAACUAUCUCAAUAAUAAUUAUCAAGUGUGUGGGUGUGUGUGUGUUUGUUUGUGUUUAUGUGAAAAUGUGUCAAAUGAAAAAAAGAAAAAAAAUUUAGAAAAAUAUAUAUUACAUGGAAGUUUUGAGCUAAAGCGUAUUUGUGAAAAUAAGAGGAAAAAAAUGAAAAAAAAAAUUAGGUAGAAAAUCAGAGAUAUGUCCCUGGUUGUGUACUAAAACGACGGCCAACUCGGCACGUAAUUUGCCCAAGUGCCUUCCCGUUGGUCAAGUCAUACUAACUGUACUGUAAGUCACGUUCCGUAAAACCGUCAAAUACCGUCACACUUUUAAACCAGCAUAAAUUAAUUUGACCUCAUUUUUCUAUUUAUUCAUCAUACUUUUUAUCAAUCCUAUCAAUUUUUUUUUAAAUCUUAUUAAUUCAUCUAAAUAAAAAAAACAAAACUAUAAAUAAUAAAUUUUUUAUUAAUUCAAUAAGUAUUUUAAAAUUAAAAAAAAAUAAUAUCAAUUUAUCUUUUUAAAUUAAAAGCUUUAAUCAUACUCAAAUAAAAUCGAACCAAAUAAAAAAAAAAAUUUCUUUUUUUAAAUAAUAUGAAUGAUUUAAAUACGACCGGGAAUUUUACUGAUGGGACAAGUAAAGAGCAAGAAUGAAUGAAAAAAAAAAAAAAAUCUAUUAAUUUCUUCUUAAAUAAAAACAAAUUUUAGAAUAUAAUUAUGAAAAACAAAAAAUCUAAUAAACCCAAGGAGAAAGAAUAAAAAGAAAAAAAAAAAAAUACAAAAAACCAAAAAAACAAAAAAAAUUAGAUGUUGAAAAAAAAAUAUUUAAAGAGGGAGAAAAAGGGGGGCUAGGUUUUUAAAGCUUAAUUAAUAAAUGAUAGUAAUAAUUUACGUAAAAAAAAAAUAAUGUAUGAAGCAUUCAGUGAUUCAUUGACAUUUGUCAUUAAUUAAUGAAAAAAAAAAAAAAAUUAAUUAAUUUUAAUUUAAAACGCUAUACUCGGGCAGACACACAUGAUCAGACCAGAAAAUUACAAACACACACAAAAAAAAAAUAUAAUAAUCAUUGCAAAAAAAAAAAACAACAUAAUCCUGUUGUUAAUUUAGCAUUGACGAUUAAAUUGCUAAAUAAAAAAAAAAAACCAACUAAUAAUCUUUAUAAUUAAAUAUAAUCAUGAAAUCCGAAACGAAAAAAAAACUUGAUUAAUUAUUUUUCUAAAUUAACUUUAAAUAAUUAUAAAUUUAUUUUUCAUUUUUUUUUUCAUUUAUCUACUGUAAAACCAAAAAAUAGUAAAAAAAAAAAAAUAAUAUUUAUAUGCUAAUGUCUAAUACCGUCCUUUGUAUAAUUUAAAACUAAUUUUUUUUUUUUUUUUGUUUAUGAUAUUUCUGAAACAAUAGAAUCUCUUGAAACUUGUGAUUAUAAUUAUAUUUAUAGAAAAAAAAAAAAGCAUGAAAUAACAUGAGAAACAUAUUGUCUCAUUUUAAUUUCGAUGAUGAUAAUUAUAUAACAAUUUUGAAAUAAGAAAACAAAAAAAAUAAUGCUACUACUACUCAUUUCGUGAUAACGAUACAUAUCAAGUCGUCAAGCUGAUGAAAAAAUAAUUAAUAUAUUAAUUAACAAAAAGACAUAUCGAUUAGAAUAAUGAUAAAUAAAAAAAGAAGAUAAAUUUAUAUCUCUUUAGACUUUUAUAUAUACACAAAAUUUUUUUUUUGGGACUUAAAUUUGAUUUUAUUUAUCAAAUAGAUUUAAAUAUUAUUUACACGAGGAAAAUAUAAGUAUCGAGUUUAACUGGCGUUAAAAAAAAAACCAAUGGAAGUAAAAAUAUUGUCAAUUUAAAAUGAUGAAAAUCUCGAAAAAAAAAAAUCAUAUACAUAUCAGUAAAUGAAAAAAAAAAAUUGUGUUAUAUUUGUCAAUAAAAAAAAAGUGAUUAAUUUGAUGAAAAAUAAAUUUAAAAAGAAAGUUUGUAAUAAUUAAGAAAAAAAAAAAAAAGAGUGUGAUGAGGCCUUAGAAAAUAAUUAUUUAAAAAAAUUAAUUAUAAAUUGGAAAUUAAUUUGUUAAAUUGUUUAAAAAAUAACAAAACAUUCGAGAUGACUAUUUACAAUAACAAGAAAAUAAUUAUAAUUUAAAAAAAUAGAAAAUAAAUAAUUGUAAAACAAGAAACUUUGCGUUUCACAUUGCAAUUGAAAAUUUUUGUGGCGUAAACAUCUCGUGUUUACCUCCAAUUUAACGCCAUGAUGAACUUACUGCUCUAAUUUACCUCAACUUUUAUUAUUUUGUCUUUAUAAAAAAAAAAAAAAUUUAUUUUUUCCACUUGUUUAGUUUAUUUUUAAAACAACAAUUAUUUUCUCUUUCAAUUCGUCUCAUAAUCUCAAAAUGUUUUUGUUAAUUAAAAAAAAAAAAAAAAAAUUAUUCGAAAAAUUUACUACAUUUCUCUUAGAAAUUUUUUUCCCUCGCCCAGUCUCUCCCUCUUUCUCUGUCUUGAAUUUCCAUCUGAAUUUCUUUGUCGAAAUUUUAAAAAUGUGCGCAUAUUAAUUGAAAAAAAAAUAAAAUACUAACUGGAGGACUUAUUUAUAUAAAAAAAAAAGUGUUUUACAAAAUUAUUAUUAAAAAAUACUUUGUGUAAUUUAAGACAAUUAGUUAUUUAAAUGAACAAUUACACGUCAAAAUAAAUUAAAGACAAAAUAAAUUACGACAUUGUUAAUUUAUUGUAAUUUUCUAUUUAUCUGAUUACUAUUAUAAAUUGAUUUGUCUUGAUUUAUUUUGUCUUCUAAUUAAUUUAUCUUGUCGUGUAAAUUCUAGAAAAAAAAAUAAUAAAUAGGUUGGAUUUAAAAGUGCUUUACAAGUUAAACUGAUUCAUAUCAUUAAAUAGUAAGCGCUAAUAUUAAUUAAAAAUUUUAUCAAAUUAAUCAAUUUUAUUAUAACUCGUAUGUAAAAAUAUAUAUUUAAUUUUAAGAUAAUUGUAACAGAAAAAAAAAAAAUUUCAUCAAUGAAAAUAAUAAAUGAAAUAUAAAUAAUAAAUUUUAGAAAAUUACUACGAAUUAACAGAAUCAUGAUGGACGGAAAAACAAAUUGAUGAAAAAAAAAAAAAAAAUCGUACAAAAAUAAAAUGUUACCGAUUUUAAAUAAUUAAAAAAAUACUGGAAAAUAAAUAACAUUAUUAAUUUAAAUUAUAAAUAAUAAUUAUUAUUAAUAAAUUAAUAAUAAAGACGGUGUUUUAUGUCAAUCAGAUAUUUUCUACCGUAAUUAAGUGUAAUUGUACUUGUUGUUGGUUUUUAAAUUUUUUUUAAGUUAUUUUUAAAUUAUUUUAAUCUCAAAGCUCGUUGUCUUGACGGUGUGAUAAAUUAAAAAAUGAAUAAUAUAAUAUAUAUAUUAAAAACUCUUAAAAUUAUAGAUGAAAAAAAAAAAUGAAAAAUUUUGUAAAAGAGUUGUGGGUCUGAUGAUGAGGCUGGUAACUAAACAAAGAUAAAUAAUAAUAAUAGAAUAUAAUAUAAAGAAUGAAUAGUAAAAGAAAAAAAAAAAAAUUGAGAAUAAAAAAAAAAUGUAAUAGACGAACAAAGUACCAUGAGAUCCAAUGGGUUAAACGAGAAGUGAAGUAAGAGGGCAAAGACCUUCAUCUGGAACCGGCCAAGCGAGAUACUGAGAUCGUUGUUAUUUUUUUUUUUUUUUUUUCAAUUUUUUUUUAUUUUCUACUCUCAGUGCACAUCACUGCUCACUGACUUUAUGUAAAAGUAAUUUUUUUUACUAUUUUUUUGUCAAAGAAAAAUUAGGAUUUUAUGUAUUUUUUUCUCUCCUUUUUUUUUCGACCAUUAUUUGACUAAAUUAAACUGUAAAAAUUAUUUUUUUAUUUUUUCAUUUUAAUUGAUUUUUUUUUACCUUUAUUUUGUCAAUAUAAUUAUAAUUAAAUUUUUUUUUUUUUUUAACUUUAUUUUACUGGAAAAUUUAUUGUAAAAUUUUUUAAUUUUUUUUCUUUUUUUUUUUUUUACCAAAGAUUAUUGUUUUUUUUUUUCUAUCCAAAGAUUUUUUUUGUAUUAUUAUUUUAUUAAUGACUUUUCAAAGUAUCAGCUUUUAAAAUGUACUUAUUUUAAUUAAUUAAUUAUAAUUUAAUUUUUUUUUUUAACAAAAAUAAAAUGAAAGAAAAAUGUCAGUGAAAUAUAUAAAAAUUUGAUUAUUAAUUUUGCACUGUUUAUUAUUAUAAAAAAACCAACAGUGUAAAUAAAUAAUUAUCAUAAAAAAAAAUGUAAAAAAUCAGAGGUCAAUGAUUAGCCAGAAAAAAUAAUCGUGUCCACAUGCGAUCAAAAUUUAAUUGGGCUAGAAUUCCGUGCAAGAAUCGGGGCCACUAUUUUUUUUCAUUUAAUUUAUCUCAGUAACAAUGUACGUUUUUUUCUUUUACAAUAAAUAGCAUUAAAAAAAAAAA